UCUCGCAUCCAUUCCUUGACCUGCGGUGCGCAUGCACGAUCGAUUCAGUCGUCACUCGCUCGCACUGCCCGCCCUCACGAUCAUUGCUGUCUUUCCUCGCCUUGCCCGGCAGGAGGAUCCUCCUGCUGAGAUUUCGACCGACCGAUGCUGGUGGACUUGGCCCUGGCGUAUCCCUCCCUCUCCCACUGAUCCACUGACCCCGAUUAGCCUGGCGUUCGGUUGGGUUGCUAGACCUAAGCUCAGCCGAGCCCGAGUGGAGUAGACUGGAGUAGAGUCGAGUCUUGUGCUGGGAAUUAGCUCGCAUCGCCUCACAUUGCACCACACAUUCUGGGUCCCUUCGACACAUCCGCAGCUCGCGCCUGCCUGCCUCCUCUUGCGCCUCGUCGUCUGGGCACUGUGGGGCAGUAGUGCGGUCCGGGCCCUGCAGGGUGUGUGAGCUGAGCGCGCGCUGGCUGCCUAGAAAGCGAGCCCGAGCUCGCUUUUGAGGUCAAUUACUUACUCCCCUUAACCGAUUGUUGGAGAGGAUCUCAUUCACUAACACCCACAUUCAUCGACACUCCUUACGUAAUAAUUUAGUCUCUAACCGACUGACUGACUGAUAGACUGAUCGACAUAGACACAGUAUUCUCGCGGGUCUCCGACCCUUUCUCGUUUCCUGAUACGAGCACAGCAGCGCUCAUACAACAAGCGCCUUCUUCUUUUCAAAAUUCCGCACCUUUCCCCCAUCCUCUUCGUAGCGCGAUAGUUUCUUUCUUUGUAGAUAGUGCCACACUUUGACAGUCUUGCAGUUAGUUUGUACGUGCUCUUUCUUCUUUCUCUCUGGCUCUCUCUCUUUCUUUUUCUUGUGAGAUUUCGAGAAGAGAGUAGUAGCGGUGCACGAGCCGACAUCGACAGAGGGAAUUGUCGAGCAUCGGGGCAAAAUGCAGUUGAGAGACAGCUACGCGGGGCAGUAGUAGAGAACACAGCGAGAGAUGUUGCUAGAAUCUGCGUUGGCAGACUUCAGCGAGGAAUCGACGAACGCGAGCGGGCAUCCGAGUGCCAUGCCUUACGUAUGGGACGAUAAGUCCGGGAAGCAGGUCACCAGGAGCUCGUCGUACCACGAGCGCAUCAGCAAGCUGAGCGUGCAGGAGAACGAGGGCCUGCAUUUGCACGAGGAGGCGGCGGACAUGUUCAAUGCGCGCAAGAGCAACAAAUCGGGCGCCGCCCACAGUCGCAGCGACUCAGGCCAGUUCUACCACAAGGAAGGUACGGUGCCGUUCAAGUGGGAGGCCGCGCCCGGCAAGCCCGUCGUGGCGCAGGAGCCCGUCGUCAAUUGCGAGUCGCCGCGCCUGCGACCGCCGCCCGCCCUCCGGAAUGUGGCCAUCCCGCUCUGCAGCAGCCCGCGCCACGGCGGCAUCGCCGGCAAGAUGAAGAGCAUUCUCAGCGGUGGUGGUGGCGGCGGCAAGGUGGUGCCCAAGAACGCCGGCGGCCACGGUAGCUUCAACUCCAGCACCGGCAGCAUUUCGAAAUCCGGCUCCGACCGCGAGCAGUGGAGCUCGAGCAGCGGGCGCGACGACACCGAUCGCGACUCGUCUGUGGACUCCGACGGCGGCGAGGAGUCGUCGCCCGUCAGUACUCUGGACCGCCCCGCCAGCCCGCUCUCGCCCGCCUGCUCGCCCAAAGUCGCGUCGCCCAAGCACCACGAAUUGGCCGUCGCUUCCUACAGGCACGGGCACGGGAGCAGCAAUCUGAGAAACGUCGCGGCGCCCGUGGCGCAUUCGAGGCCGCCCUCGCAGAUGGCGCAUUGCCUUCUGGCUAUGACGGAGAUCAGCGAAGAGCUGCCCAUGAUCGAGGAGGACGAGGAGGAUUCCGAAUAUCACACCAUGGAGUUCCCCACGGUCGACAGCCCCGGCACCAUCGAGGAGCGCCGCGAGAGGAGCUUGCUGCGGCGGCCGGGCUCGUCCAAGAGCAUGAGCGCGCCCCUUGCUCGCCGUCAGAGCUCUCUCGGUGCCUCGUCGGCCGCUAAUCGGCAGCGCAGGCGAUCUGAUUUCGACUGGCCCGAGGAUUUCGACGAGCGCCCCGAGGAGGUGGUGAAGGAGGUGGACGAAUCUCUGUGGGCUUUCUCGCCCGUCGCGUCCACCUUCGUGUUCUCUGGCAACGACAAUUCUGCUGCCGGCAGCGGUCGCAGCCCUGGUCGCCAUGCGCCGGGCACAGGCGCCUCCCCGUCGUCCUCUGGUUCUGGUUCGGGGUCUCUUCGGGAAACGCUGUCUCUGAGGAGGACUCUCAUGCGAUCGUCGUCCACGAAGAAUGGCUUCAGCGGAAAAUCGUCGGCCGAAGCGGCCGCUGUGCACGUCGAGGUCUCGGGUCAUCUUGGAGGAACCGGGCGUCUCAAGUACCGCGACGAUGAGGAAAUUUAUCCGAGCAGUCGUGGACAUCGAAUGAAGAGAUCUCUUUCAUGCAUCCCCUUCCUGAACUUGUGCCGAGCACACAGGCCGACGCCAGCUAUCAGUUUCUCCCACCGGCUGAGCCCUAACGUUGCGAGCACCAGGAAGUGAGUGUUCCGUGGCGAACUGCUCUCUUCUUCUUAAUUGUACCAACAGCCGAGUAGAAUACAAAUGUCUGCAGAUUAAGUCUCCUAAGAACGCAGUUCGAAACUUCGACCUUUCAAUGAAGAAAAUGGAGGGUGGAUCGGACGAGGAGUUGUAUAGACGCGUAAGAAUUAUCUGGACUGACGAUUUGUCAAAGUGAAGAUUUAGGUUUCUUAGUAGUGGACGACGAGAAUGUAAGUUCUUGAAUGGCUGCAUCGAUCACAGGGGUUUUUUUAAGAACUCUGGCAGCCGCCCAGAUGUACCAUGUAGGAUUUUGUAAAACUUGGUGUCAUACGUGCCAGGAACCCAUUGUCAAUUUAUCGACAUGAGUCGCCAUGGGUCGGUGGCUGUAAAUAAGUAGUAGCACCACUCGAUAACUGACUGACAGCACAAUAGCACUCAUGACGAGAUUCCAAUCCGCCUUCCUAGUUACAGGCGGAUGUGGUCUCACCAUCCUUACUCUCCAAUUAAUCAACCUCACUUCCCGUAGAUUCAACCCACCGACCCUCAGGCAGCAGCAGUUUAGACGGCAUUGUAGGCAGGCAGUACGCUCCUUGAGACGCCAAGCUAUGGCCAAUCUUCCUCCCUUCCGGAGGUGUGAUGAUGUUCUUAACCUCAGACGACGUUUCGUUACGAUAUAUUUGAUCGGCCACUGCUGCGCAGUCCGCC